GAAACUACAGUCCCUUGGUCUUCCUAUGCAUUCUUCUGUCCUUCUAACUCUGCAACAACCAGUACAACACAGAUUCUGGUAUGCUCCGAGUCCUGUCUUUCUGGUCUGCAGCUUAUUGUUCAGUUCAAAACCAGAUCGUGAUUUCAAAUGCCCAGCAUCACCCUAUGCUGUAGUUAACUACCCUUUCUGUACUAAAUUCCUGCAGAUUACCACUUAAAUAUAUGAGAGGCUAAAAGUGAAAAUUCUGAGUUAAGAGUUUUGAGUUGGAAACCAGCAAAAUGCAUUUGUUUGAGAAGCCAACUGAUGAAAUGUAGAAACGAAAUAAUUGUAAUAUGUGAAGCCUGUUUUGAAGGCAUAUGAUUGGUACUGAUGUUGGAAAUGAUGCUAGGAGUGGCAAUGUGUAUGGUGGUCCUUAGCUUUUGGCAGUUAUCAUUUUUGUCAACUUAAUUUAAAAAUGAAUGGAAGCUGGUGAUUUUUUUUUAAUAAUAAAAGUAGAAGCAAGCUGGAAGCUUUUUUGACCCCAUACCCAUUUGUGAAUUCAACCUGCCAGCAAUGUCAUGUUGCUAAGGGGAGGGACUCCUCACCUCAAAAAGAGAGGGAAGAGUGGUGUGAAAUGAAAGUACUAAUUUUGUUUUAGUACCAGGACUUUCACUUUGACAGCCCUAUUUAUUCUGUAUAGUUUUAUUGUUCAACUCUUGUGUAUAUUUCUGUUAAUAAUCCUUUUUAAUGCAGGGAAAAGUAUCAAACCAGCAGUUUCUGGUUCAAGCGUCUGUUCUGCUGAAGUAGCACUGACAUCGUUAUUACCAAGCAGUCAACAGCAGCAGACAGCACAGUCUCCUGCAGCGAUGAAAUCAGUUCCAGUUUCCUCGGCGAUCACAGUCACACACAUUCUUCAGCAGAUCCCGAUAAAAUUACAAGCAGCCACUGGUCAGGGUGCUGUUGCCAAGCAAGAUGACUCUGAAGCUGAAGAAAGUGAAGUAGAGGAGGGCGACACAUUGGAUCCACAAACAGGCCUCUUCUACAGAUCCAGCACCUCGGUACCAUCAUCCUCCUCCCAGCAUCAGCCGAAACAACUACAACAAUCACAGGAGGUGACACAGACUAAAUCUCCAGCACUGCAGCAAGUUGCUGCAGCAACAACCCAGACACAACCAACCAUGCUGCAAGUGAUCGCAGUAAAAGCACAACAGCCACAACUUCCAAAACUAACACAUCAAGCACAACAGAAGCCACAGUUGCCACCCCCCACACAUCUGCAGCAUCACCCGGAUAAGACCCAGCUCAUCAUAAAGCAGCAAGCUGUCUCAUCAGAACAACCUCUUCCAGGCCAGGUAACAAUAUUGCAUAAUAGCUGGGAGCGUAUAAUACCUGUCAGCAGUUUCAACAGGUUUUGUUUUCUUAUUGCCAUGUACUAAAGAUAGUUUAGCGUG